AUGUCAAAUGCCUGCAUCCAAACAGAUCAGUUCCAGUGUGCUCAUGGGAAAAAGUGUCUCCCCAAGGACCAGAUGUGUGAUGGUAUAACCCAGUGUCAGGACCGUUCUGAUGAAAUGCAUUGUGCGGAGCAAACUGACGACUGUGUUCACCACUGUGACAGCAAGAGUCGCUGCUUACCCACAACCCUGAUCUGUGAUGGCGAGCAGGACUGUUUAGACGGCACAGAUGAAGCCAGCUGUGAGGACCAAGAGGAAGACAGAUAUGAAAAGGAAGGAGCUAGUACAACCUCAGUGCCCGCUUCCUCAGUUGGCUCACCUACCCUCAAGUGUUCUUUGGGCUCUAAACCCUGCAAGGACAACACAGAGUGCAUCCUAUACAACCAUGUGUGUGAUGGAGAAGCAGACUGCAGGGAUGGCUCAGAUGAGAGGGACUGUUUAUCAGCAUGUGAAACAGACCAGUUCCAGUGUGCGCAUGGAAUGAAGUGCAUAGUGCAGAGCCAGGUGUGCGACGGUGUGCCUCAGUGUCAGGACCGCUCGGAUGAGCUGGGAUGUGACCAGCUGGUGGAGGGCUGCGCGCACCAGUGUGAUGACAAGAGCCGCUGCAUUCCCAACAGCUUCCUCUGUGACGGGGACAGGGACUGUUUGGACGGCAGUGACGAAACAGACUGUGUUGACGAGGGCUGCAGUGCCACAGAGUUCAAGUGUGCUAAUGGCCAGUGUGUGUCGGCCACCAUGCUUUGUGACGGCCACCCAGACUGCUCGGACCGCUCCGAUGAGGAGGGCUGCAGUGACGCACCGGUCUGUACCACCAAACACCGCUGCCCCCACAGCAAGGAGUGUCUGGUGCAGGACUGGUUCUGUGAUGGGGAUCAAGACUGCAAAGAUGGCACUGAUGAGAAGGAUUGUCCUGUGGCUCCAUUGAACUGUGGAGAGUUCCAGUGGGCGUGUAAAUCCAAGACCAAGUGUGUCCCCAUAUCCUGGAGGUGUGACCACAUGAAGGACUGUGAUGAUGGCAGUGACGAGACUGAUUGUAGGACGGUGACGUGCCUUCCUCACCAGUUCCAGUGUGGCAGCCAGGAGUGCCUGGAUCCAUCCCUGGUGUGUAACGGCGUUACCAACUGUGCUGAUGGCUCUGAUGAGGGGGGCAGCUGCCAGAUGAGCUGUGCAGAGGAAGAUGACAACCGCUGCUCCCAGAGCUGCUACAGCACGCCACAGGGAACGCGUUGCGGCUGUGAGGCCGGCUUCAGGCUCACGGCCGACGGCCUGACCUGUGACGAUAUCGACGAGUGUGAAGGCCGGAGCCCACGUGUGUGCAGUCAGCAGUGCAGCAACACUCGAGGCUCAUACCAAUGUGACUGUCACCCAGGCUACAUAAAGGAGGCAGAUGGACACCGCUGCAAGAUCACCGGGGAACCCUUCCUGUUGGCGUCGGUCCAAACGGACCUCUUCUCGUUUGGCCUGCGCAGUCGCAGCCUUGAUGUGUUGUCCUCCUCUGCUAAGAAGGCCAUCCUAUCCCUGGACUACGACUGGAGGAAGCAGAGGGUCUAUUGGGUCAGUCUGGACGCUGAAAGCAUCGGGUGGUCCUCACUGGACCAGAAGACCACAGGAACUCUGGUUAAAGGUGUCCGGGCUGAUUCCAUUGCCGUGGACUGGCUCGGGAGGAACCUGUACUGGAUCGACGGAGUGAACAGUCAGAUUGUUGCAGUCAGACUGUCCACAGCCACGGUGAAGUCAUCGGACCACAGCAUCAUCCUGGAUGAGGACCUUGAACAGCCUCGCUCUUUGGCACUGCUGCCACAGAAAGGGUUGAUGUUCUGGACAGAGAUUGGUACGGCAGUGAAGAUAGAGCGUGCCGGCAUGGACGGGUCGGAGAGGAAGGCAGUGGUAAACUCCAGUCUUGGCUGGCCGGGUGGAGUGGCUGUCGACCCAAUCUCUGACCGAGUCUACUGGACAGAUGAAAGGCUGCGGGCCAUUGGCUCUGCAACACUGGAUGGAGAUGACAUCCGGAUUCUACAGAUUAAAGAGACCACCAACCCAUUCUCCCUGGCAUUGUUCAAUGACAUGAUCUACUGGUCUGAUGCCAAAAAGAGAGUGGUGCUGGCGGCACAUAAAAUCUCUGGCAAAAACUGCCAAGUUCUCCUGAAAAGACCUAGACAACCUUUUGGUGUGAAGGUCAUCCACCCAUUGCUUCAGAUGGGCAUUGAUAGCCCCUGUGAGAAGAUGGACUGUUCACACAUGUGUGUGUUGGCCCCGGGACCCAAGGCUGUGUGCAAGUGUCCCUCUAGUCUUUUACUGGCUGAGGAUGGCAUGACCUGCUCCAGCCUUGUCAAUUCAGCGUUCCUGCUGAUGUUGUCUCCCUCCACUGUCACCCAGAUCUACUUGCAGUCUCAACACACCGCAGGAGAGCUGAAGGGCUGGCCUGAACAUGUGGCCUUGCAGGUGCCGAGCAUCAAUGAAGCAGCCAUCAUGGACUACUGCCUACGUGACCACACCCUGUUCUUAACGGACGACGGCACAACCUCACUUAGCUCCUUCAAGUUAAAGGACUCUGACUUGUCCUCUAAAGGCCAGCUUCUGAAACUCCUGGGCAACACCAUCACUGCCAUGGCUCUGGACUGGGUAACAAUUAACAUCUACUGGAGCAGCAACAAACAGCCCCGCCUGCAGGUCACCUCCAGCACCAGCGCACACACUGCCGUUCUCAUAAAGGAAGGUAUUGGCAGAGUGCGAUCCAUCGCCCUCCACCCUCCCAAUGGACGAGUUUGUUUUGCCAACAUGGGCCAGCAGGGUACAAGUACCGUGGCUACAGUAGAGUGUGCCAACAUGGACGGUGCUGGGCAGAGUGUGGUGUGGAAGGACGCUGUCCAGCCCACAUCUCUGGUCUUCUCCAGUAAUGGGGAUACAAUUUACUGGGCUGACACAGGUUUAGGGACCAUUGGCUCUGUCAAGCUUGAUGGCUCUGGAUACAGAGAGUUGAAGAUGGGCGAUGGCCUGGCUGCUGUGGCUCUGAGUGAUGGAGCAUUGUUCUGGAUUACUGUCACUGACAAGACCAGGCUCUGGUACAGAGAUGAGCAACAUCAAAACAAGCUGUGGUUUGAAGUCGACUCAGAAGUGAUCAGCUUUAAAGCUUUCAGCAAGUCCAGUCAGAUUGGGUCAAACAAGUGCACAGAAAACAACGGCGACUGCCAGCACUUAUGCCUCGCCACCCCAAGAGGUCGGACAUGCAAGUGUGCCCAUGACCACAUCCUUGUGAAUUCCACCCACUGUCGCCCGGAGCAGCGCUGCCCCAGUGGCAGCAGGCCCUGCCUGGAUCAAGUCCAAUGCCAGCCUGUUGAGAAGUUUUGUAACGGUCAUGUUGACUGCCAUGACCACUCAGAUGAGAACUGUGUCCAUCUGAAGCAGUUGUCAAAAGCCAUUGUCCCAGUACCCAUCCAGCCCCGCAGCUCUUUUCCUCAUCCAUCCACUCUAACUCCUCUCUCUGAAGACACUGGCUUGAAUACCACCCUGAACAUAGACAGUGAUCUCAGUAACCUUGACCCCCAGCAGUGCAGCAAAACCCGCUGCAGUGGCAACGGGCGCUGUGUGGAGACCGAUGGAAACCGUGGAUGUGUGUGUUCACUGGCCUACAGGGGGGAGUCCUGUCAAGACCAUCUCCUGUCAAUCAUCAAGGGUCCUGUCGUCUACGCUGCUGCGGGGCUCUGUGCAGGAGUGGUGGUCAUUGCUGUGAUAGCAUUGGUGGUGGUGAGGAGGAAGAGUGCCAACACAAGGAGAGCUGGACCAGUAGCGGGAAAGGAAACUUGUAUGACUGACCUUGAGAACAAAGCUGAAACUGGUCUGGAGAAAAAAGCGGAGCAAAGUGUAGAAAAUGGAACUUCAGCUGAUUGGGAAAGCGGAGCUGAGACGGGUCUGGAAAAUGGAGCGGAGACCUGCAGUCAAACUGUCCCAGCAGACACAGACAAACCAGAGGAAGCGGCAUCUUCUGUGGACUGAGGUUGACUCGUAUGC